AUAUUUACGGCAGAUCGGUCAGAGGAGAGGAACCGGAGUUUACGAUGAGUGGGUACUAAACACGGCGGUGUUUAGGACGAUAGCAUCGGAAGAUUGUUGAUAGGAUCGUAGCAGGGGGUGAAAGGAAGCGUGAGAGAUAGUGGUGGUCGGUGGUGGCCGGUGGUGGCAUUCGAUUGGGUUUACGUUCGGAACGUUCAAGCAAGAUUACUUGGGCCCUAUAGUUGGUCUCAGCCUACAGCGCCUACAGGUACAGCUUCAGCAAUAUGUCUGACAAUGGAGCUAGCUUCUUUGUGGGACAGCUGUUGCUGGACGAGGGAGUGCCGUAUUUCCCUGGCACUGAACGCAACGGGUCCAGGCGCAGAAACCAUGUCUGCUAUGUUGGAAAUGGAAGAGGAAAAAAACGGACAUCUUCCAUCCCCGGCAAAUCUAGGAAGUCCUCUAAACGGACAUCUGUCGCAAGACCUAUCAGCUCAGUUCAAGACGCUGGGACAUCUCAGGCUGUCGAGGCUUCGGCUGUUAUGCAAGAUUUGUAUUUGGCAGCUUCAGCGGAAAGGAUGGAUGACAAUAGCAACGGUCGCACUUGGAAGGAGAGACAAGACGUAGAAAAUGAAAACUGGGGGCAUUUUAGGACGUCCGCUUUUGAAAGCUUCGUUGGCUCGUAUGCUGUUCCCAAUGAUGCAACUUGUUCGGUAUGCCGUAAUCCCGCGAGCGUUGCUUGCCGCAGCUGCAGUAGUGUAUACUUCUGUCACGCCUGUGACGAAGACCAGCACAUGCUGCAGCCAUACCACAAGAGACGUCACUGGGGCGCUGGAUUCUGGCAGCCCUUGCAGCCCUCUAUCACAGUAACAGCGAGUGGUGACUUCAUGCCUAUGGCAUCAGUAUUGCCGUUGCAUGGAUCGAGACAUGCGUGCGCGCAUUGCCAAAUGGAGAUGGUCAUCGAGUCAUCGGAAUCGGCCGUCAUCGUCAUCAGCGCACUCGGGCGUUUUGACUUGAGACUUCCUGCUUGGAGAUGUCCAGGCUGCAACCACAGGAUAGAAGCAUCCAGCGAAGACCUGAUGCUCUGUGGAUAUUUUGUGGCGUCGCCCGUGCAAAUGUCUACAGUGGUGCACGAGGACGUGUUCGUCAUGUGGAAGGAGCUGCGCUUCCGGACGCCUGGGACUUCUCUUAGAGCGUUUUUACGAAUGCUGGAGAAACUUGGAACCACCUAUGGCUCUGAGGCCCCCAUUGAUCUCCAACGAUUUGAGAAGGCCUACUCAGAAUGGGCAAACAUGGAGUUCGAGCUGCAAAGGUUGAUGGAUGCAGACCUCAUGUCAUGCGAAGCAUGUGGACCUGAGCCGGCUUGUGUCCAUGUUGAUGGGAAUUUUAAACUCUACCGUUAUCGGUCGUCUGGCGACAGCAGCAUGUCAUCAGCUUACCACACGGGGACAUUCCUGCAUGAUGGCGAUGCUGUGAAGAACCAUGCAGCAAAAUUGGCCCCCAUUUCAAAGACAACCAACCGCUGUGGCACAUCUCUGUGGGCUGCGGCACGAAACAACCCUGGGCUGCCAUCGUCCAAGAGAACUCAGGACGAGACGGGACUCGUGGCCGCCACUUGUCGUCACAGCGUCGUUCUCGGUGGCGUGAAUAUGUACAGAGGAGAGCAGUUUGCAUAUGGCCACUACCUGCACCAAACACUCUUCAAGAACGCAUGUUUCUUCGCGAGUGAUGUGGUGUGCAAAUACUGGCCAUGGGCUCAACGGGUGGCAAGAGUUUUCCCUGAGUACUCCCUCGGAGACACUCAGCCAUUCCUCAGCGUUAUGCAUGCCUCUGGACAUGCGUACUACUGCCAGAUACGGUACGGUGGUUUCUGGCAGCCUGGCUCAGGAUGGUCGGUUAUGGAGACGACGGAGAUCGCGAACGCCUUCCUCAGUCGUGCUGCGAACACGACAAAGUACAUGACAUCAGCGCAACGAGUCGACUCCCUAACAGACCUGGUGCUGUCAUACAACAGUGACAAGCACGAUCACAUGCCAGAGCUGCUGCUUGCGAAGAUGGCGGCAGCAACGAGGAGGGUCUCGGAACUGGCUGAAGAGCAGCAGGCACUGCUGGACAAACACGGACUUGCUGUGGAGGAUGUCGGGGAACUCGUAGAAGAGUUGAAGCUCUUGGCUGUGUCACUAAGUACCCGUGACCUGCGGUCCGACGGAAGUGACUUGCGCAACGCCAUCGAACUCGUGAGCGACAGCCUGCGGGUUCGGCAGGCGAGCGUCAGUCGUGUGGCCAGUACACCAAAGCAACGGGCCAAGCUGAGGCGGCUGGUGGUGGCCGAUAAAAAGAAGCUGAAUAAACUUCUGUCCCGCUACCAACAGACGACGGGUGUGCUGAUCGACGCCGAUGCCUGUGCAGAUGGCCACUUCCCAUGGCACGAAGAGUACAGCGCAGUCGGGCCACUCUCCCUAUCAGAAAAGCGGGCGCUGUGUGACGUAUAUAUGAAGCGAAGACGGGCGCAAGAAGAGAGGGACAUAGUGAAGCAAGAAAUGGAGCGUCUUCUCACGUACGGCUCCUAUGUCAUGGAUGUAUUGGUACAAAAAUUAGAGUGGAUAGAUCAUCAGCUCAGCGUGCCUGCUGCAGAACGACUGCCAUUCGUGGACUUCGAGGACGACAGCCGCGAAAACAAAUACAAAGUACAGAGGCAGACAGAAAACGUUCUUCGAGGCCUCCAAGGAAUACUACAUAUGGCUUUUGAACUGCGACGGCGGUACGGCGUGAGCGCGCAUCGGCUGCUCUCGGAAUAUAUAGAAACAACUUCUUAGGAGCCUGUUAACCUGCGCCCGGGUGGGCGCAUCCAAAUCUGCAAUGGGGGGGGGGCGUAUUUGGCCACACUAGGCUACCUCGGAAAGUAAGAAAGCUAGAAAGACACUACGGAAAGCAAUGGAUAGCUCGCUAUAACAUCUUUUAAGAUUAUCAGGUCAUUUUUCGAUCAGGUCAUCUCUGAGGUCACUGGAGGUCCCCGAAGGUAAAAUUAUCACGAAUUUUUGUUCUCGAUUUUGACAAGUUUUCACAAAUUAGCACACAACUCGGGUAACAAUAGACCUACAGCGCCGUGGAAAAGCGCAUUUGAUAGUUCUUUCAAAGCUCUCCCAGAGUAAUGGUCUCAAAUUUGACUUGAGGUCAACGUUUAAGCCUCCAGAAGGUAAAAGAUCAAAGUUGAUGUCUACCCGGAAAACGUUUUUCUGUAAUAACUUUUCACUCAAGCUUUUAUUACGUUAUAUUUACCGGCAUCGCACGCUUCGAAUGAGCUGCAAGUUGAUCUGAAAAGCUUAACUUAAAAAUUUGACCAAAAGUCAAGGUCACAUAAAGGUGAUGUUGCGUAUCAGUCGGUUCGUAUCGUUGAGAUGGACGCAUCAAUGUUUUUCUAGCGCUCCAGCAUGAUCCUAUAUAAUGUUCAUAUAAAAAACUAGGGAACGCUUUAUCAUCUGAGAUGAUCUCAGGGGUAUACAAAGGGUGAUGGGUGCAAUUUUCCUAUUAAAAAUGUUUAAACACGAUGCGAAAUAGAUGUAUGAUAAGCUAUGCCAAUCUUUGCGGCGCUGUGCGCCGCGGCUUUUUUUUACAAACGCAAAAGAAAGCGGGCAGGUGUGCCCCCACCACCACUACCACCACCACCACCACGACCACCACCACCACCCGGGCGAAGGUUAACCCGUGUUCAGUGUUGUGAGCGUUUUCCCUCCGCGAUUGCGCUUUUUGGUCGCUAGAAGUUGCCAUUGAUAUUGUUGGCGUAGAUUAACGGAUCGUGUCAUAGUAAGUCGCUAGGACACCAGCUAGAUUGUUCUUCCUUAUGCGCUGUGUCUAUGGGAACCUCGACGCAAUUUUACGAUGGUGCAGAUGCACCGGCUUCACAAUCAUUUGCGGUGCUUUUGCUAUCGUUGACUAUGUGUGUCUUUUUUUCAAACAGACUUUUUAAUCGGUUUCCCCGGUAAUAGUGGUAUUUGUGUUGUAUGUUUGUUGUUUUUUAAGCGUGUUGUGUCUCGCCCACUGUUUGGUCAGUUUGUAGAGUUUGAUAAACAUAUACGACACCCUGAGCCCUGAGGUAUAUGUGCGGUGAAUCAGUCUUUGACUGGGAGGUAUGCAAGCUUGCGCAUCCCUCAAAAAGGGAAAGAAAUACAGAUCAUUUUCGUUCAA